AAGAAGGCGCCGGGGCUUUGAUGAGCAUCUCACACAUCAGCAGCUCUCAGUCGCUACCCCUUUCUGUCUGGUGCCGCUCAUUCGUCGACCUUCCCGGAAGAUCUCUCACUUCGCACUGAAGUUCGCAGCAGGGCUUUUCGGCUUUCUGCUGCCGUCGAGGCUUGAAGACGUCCCCUCUCAGCGCGGCUGCCCUACACAAGCCAGAUUCACUUCAUCGCCGCAUGACGGGGACGGACCAGGACCCUUCGCACAUCCCUUCAAAACGGCCUCGUGUUGAGGCGAAAGAUGUCCCGCCCGUUCACGGUCAUCGCCUAGCUGGAGCCAUCCGCCGUAACGAUGCUCUCAGCUGGUUCGUGGAGCGUCUCUUCCAGCAGAGCAUGCUGUUCAUGGAGGUGCUGGGCCUGUUAUCUUUUGUGGAGUGCGUUCGUCUGGCCGAGCUAUGCCGCACCGUCCAUGCGGCGCUCUGCGACUUCAUUGAGGUGGUACGGAGCAGCACCUGCAGUGCACUUCCUGCCCUCUCCGACCAGAGGACCGUCCAGCACAUCGUUAUUCUGCUUCCGCCGACAUCGCUAGCCACCAGCGAGUACCUGAGCGAGGAAGGUCGGCUGGGCGAUGCGCUCAGAGAACGGCUGACUCGAACUGUCAAGACAGUCACAAUAACCCAACCCAUGGAGGUCAAGCCCCCUGCCCCGUGGAGCCGCCACCUGUUGGCUCUGCCCCGUCCCCUUGAGUCCACGUCGUUCGAGCACGUCAAGUCGAUAAGGACCAACACAGCAGACGGCUUUGUCUUCUUGCAUCGCCAGUGCUUCGAGUUCCCGGCCCUGGAGAGCCACAGUGGUUCACUGAUGCCGCACGACGCUCUCCUCGACAUCGACAAAGAGUUCGACAGGGACGAGGCCAUCGGAGGGCCUGAGGAUGCGUGUGAUCGGUGCGAGGACUAUUUCGAUCUCAGCCUGCUUGAUGCCGUGGUCAGUGGCAUGGUGACCCGUUGCCCUACACUGACGCACGUCGAUGUCUGGCCCAUCCACGCCCGGAUGGACAGGACGAUCGAGGCCAUUGGGGGUCUUCUCCAAGUCGAGCACCUUGGUCACCUCCUCCUCUUCGACACGCUGGAUGGACCUCGAAAUCGUUCGGUCCUGAAGGCACUGCGGUCGAUCAGUGGACUCGCGCCCCUUCCUGCUGGCAAGAAGCGGAUCCUACGUUUGUGGUGCUCCCUGUCCACAACCCCGUCGCAGCCCGCGGUUUUCCUUCCAUUGAGAGAUGAUGAUGGUGACUCGCUGACGCCCGACACGCUGCAGCUGGUGCUGGAUGUGGAGGAGAGGGGAUGGUGUGUGGCCUUCGACGGUGGGAGGAGCGAGCUGUGCUGCGCUCAUGUUCUCCAUCAUCAUCUGCCCUUUUUCGACGAUUUCGCCCAUUUCGACGAUUUCGAGCCGCCCCGUCCUACUGCCGAGUUGCAGCAGCGGAUUGUGUCGUGUGUACAGCGGCACGCGGCAGCCAGCCAGGUGGUGCAAGUGAAGUACUUGUCUGACGGCACACCAAUUAGCGACGCAUUCCGGCCUCUUCGCUUUGACUCAGCCAGGGUGCUGGUGGCUGGCCACGGCGCCCUCACAAUGAGAGCGGCUGACGACAAGAGGUUUCGAGCAAUCCCAAACUGGCUGGGCGAAGACGGGGCACUGGCUGGCGUCUGCCAACUCCGGCUUGACCGAGUGGGUGUCACUGGGGGUCCGAGCCCGUCCUACCAUUGUCGUCCUCUUGUGGGGCGUGCCACGGCCUUCGCACGUCGCCCAAACAAUCUGAGCCGCCUGCUGCAGCGCCUCACUCUUGGCCGCGCCCCGCAGACCUCGUUCUCAAGCGUCAAGAUGCAGUACGUGACGGGAGAGAUGGUGGCCGAGUGCCUCUCGUACCUGCCUGCGAACACCCGCAUCGACCACCUCGAGAUCAAGGGCUGCAUGGAGACCGACGAGCUCAGCAAAUCCGACAGCGGCUGCCCCAAUCCUGCCGCCGAGAGAGUGCUGACCUUCGCCCCCGCCCACCUCACUCGCCACUACCCACCCGUCAAGACCAUCAGCAUCGACCUCCGCCAUCAGCCCUUCGAUGAUGACGAUGAAGAAUGGUUCGGGGUCGAUGACCUGGAGGAGGUGUCGCCGGCCGUCCUGAGCCGUGUGUACCGGCUCUUGCAUGAGUGCCGGCCAGUGGAAGGGACGGUCAAGGGCGUCCUCAUGAAGGCGGCGUGGUUCGACCAGCCGUGGGAUGAGGAGUGGCUCAAGACGCAGGUCAGUGAGGGCUGGGGCGACGAUCCUACUCAUCACAUUUCGUGUGUUGUUGUGCCCUCGCGUCGUGUCAGAUUGUGUUAAUGUAUCGCCACCCGAACCACGGCCGAUUCUACCACUGUGAGGCGACCCAGCUGGAGGUGCUGCACCAGCCCAAGAUCUCUGUAUUCCACUACGACUACCCCCUCUGGGGAGAGGAAGCGAGGGAGGACCUGCGUCAGCAUCCGAGCGACCACAUGGUGAAGUUUGAUUUGGUGGUGCGCCGCUCAUCUGGUCGCUCGUCAGAGCUCACCCAGCCGCCCAUCACUGACUUUAUGUUGUGAGAGGGUGCUGCAGUAGUGGCGUCGAGUGCGAGAUGGAUGGAGUGAGUGCGUGUGUUCCUUUCGGACGGGCAUCGUUGAGUGUCUGUGUUGUCGUCGACUGAUAUGUAUAUGGAUGGACUCAUCGGCAGCAUAGUCAAAGUGUUUUGUUCCUCCAUGAUUGAUUCACAUGUACC